UCAGCUGAUUUGACUUUAUAUACUUCUAGUUCAAUCAACCUUAACAAAAGUAACACACCGUGACAACAGUUCUCUUUUGCUUAAUUCACAGCGUCUUACUUCUUGGCCAUGUCAACGGACUACAAUGUUUGCUUAGCUGGUGAUGAAAGAUCGAGGAACGGGGAGUCCCCAUUCUAUGACGCUGAUAGUAAUCGUCUAAUUUACAUAGAUUAUCUGGCGGGUGAUAUUACCAUCUAUACACCAAGCGAUAACAAAACGGAAAGAAUUCACGUUUACGAUGGAUGGUUAUCUUUUGCUAUACCGGUUGAAGGUCAACCGAAUAAGAUACUUGUAGCGAUUGGCACAAACAAAUUGGCCACAUUCGAUUUGGACGCAAAAUCUCUUCACAUAAUCAAAGAAUUCGAUUUAAAUGGUCGAAUCUUCCAUGAUGGAAAGUGUGACGCAAAGGGACGCUUAUGGGUUGGAGGGGCUCCAGUUCAGAGUGGAAACAAAUUCGGUUCGGGGAUUGGUCACAUUUAUCGAUUUGAUGGAGAAUCCUUAGAUGUGAUGGACGAGGGUUUGGCGACACCCAAUGGUCUUACUUGGAGCAACGACAACAAACGCUUGUUUUUUGCUGAAUCGCUCCGUGGUGUGUGGUCAUUCGAUUUCGAUCUGGAAUCAGGGACGAUAACCAACAAAAAACUCUUCAUCGACCUCAAUUCAGUAGUUGGAUUUAAGAAAUGCGAUAGCAACUUCUUGAAUGGCGAUUUCGUCGAUGGAAUUACCAUUGAUUCCGAGGAUAAUCUAUGGAUGGCUUCAUAUGGGUCAAGUAAAAUAUGUAAAUUUGACACGAUUAACGGUCAACUACUUGAGACAAUCGAAUUGCCCGUUAAAACAGUUACAUCGUUAUGUUUCGGUGGCGACGAUUGGAGUAAGAUAUACGUUACGACAUACUGGGAUGUUUCCUGGAUAACUGAUACCAAGCCAUUCGACGAUGAUGACCAAUACGGAAAAUUGUACCGAGUCAGUUCAGACCAGCGACAGCUCAAGGGAAUACCUAUGUUCCGUUGGCGUUCAAAAUGAAUCGUUAACGUUAAAUAGCUCAGCAGCACUUUAUGAGUGAAUUGAUUUUGAUGUACUGACAAAGUAAAUGUUAAAUAAAUAUUUGAUU